GGACACUCACCGUCAGCCAGGCUGCCACCACAACACUGCUCAUGUUUGCAGACCAGAGGAAAUUCAGAUGGCACAAACAUGGAGAUCGCCCUCUAUGAGAACUGUCCUCCAGCUUCUACAUCUGAAUCCACCUACGAGAGCCUUGAUCCAGCCAGCAGGGAUCAGAACCAGACCUACGCUACACUCACACACAACACAAAUGAUGCUGUUUGUGUCUCACUGAGCACUGCAACUCUGCCAUAUACUCAGGAGGGACUACAUCAUUUAAAGAAGUAAGAAGUUCCUGGUUUGUCAGUGAAGAAGUCAGAGCGGCAGCAGUAAACCAUCAGAGCCUCAACAUGAAAGUCCGUCACACUUUGAUCUGCUUCUUCUUCCUCUCUCUGCAGGAUGGAAACACUGGUCUCACCAAUGCCCAAAUCCCAUCUGUCUAUACAGGAACUGAAGGAGGAGAUAUCACAGUUAGAUGCCCCUUUUCUUCACCUGGAGUCAGGAAGUUCUUCUGCAAGAGAAAAUGUAAACCAGAGGACAUCCUCAUUGAAACAACUGGUGUCAGAGAUCAGAGAGGCAGAUACAGCAUCAGAUAUGAAGGAGGAUUUUUUUUAGAUAAUGUUUUCGUGAGCAUCACACAGCUGACCAAGUCUGACUCAGGACUGUACAGAUGUGGUCUGGACAGAUCAAACAUUACGUUUGAAAUCAUUGUUGUAGAUGCACUGCUGGAUGGAAGUCCUCCUGAAGAAACAUCCCUCUAUACAAGAGCUGGAGGAAAUAUUGUAGUUGGAUGCUCCUUUAUUUUCUCUGGAAGCAGGAGGUACUUCUGCAAGGAAGAAUGUGAAGAGAAAGACAUUCUUGUUGAAACAACUGGUUCCACAGCUGAGAGAGGCAGAUACAGCAUCAGAUAUACACAACGAUCUCUGACAGAUGUAUCUGUGUAUGUGAGCAUCACACAGCUGACCAAGUCUGACUCAGGACGGUACAGGUGUUGUCUGGACAGACGUUUAUUACCAGAUUCCUACCGGGGGUUUGAGAUCAUUGUCACAGAUGUGGCUUAUUCAACAGCAGUCCCAUCAGCCUCCACACCAACAACACAGAGUUUAAGUUCUCAGACUGACCAGCAGCAGACUGCGGCAACAGCAACAGCAGGUUUGCAGAACAGAGGAAAUUCAGAUGGCGCAAACAUGGAGAUCGCCCUCUAUGAGAACUGUUAUCCAGCUUCUACAUCUGAACCCACCUACGAGAGCCUCGAUCCAGCCAGCAGGGAUCAGAACCAGACCUACGCUACACUCACACACAACACAAAUGCUGCUGUUUGUGUCUCACUGAGCACUGCAACUCUGCCAUAAACUCAGCCUGUGGACGGAUGUAAACAACUCAGGAUGGCUUUUCUGGCAAAAUCCAAAGGAAAAGACGUCUAUGUGCUCCUGGUGCCUUCUUUUCUGCUCUCCUACAGAACCAAAUUGUCAUUGUGUAAUGCUAGCUAAUGUGUAAAAAUAAAAUUUGCGACUGUUAACAAACACCCAGCAUCCACCACAACACAGAGUCCAACACAAAGUUAAAACUAGCAUUCCUGCAAAGCAUAUUUACUUUACUUUCAUUUACUGUUCUUAAAUUAAAGUUAAUUAAAGUAAUUAUAUUGUCCUGUGUAUACUUUGUGUGUAUUAAUAGAUAAUGGAAGAAUAAAAGCGGAUGUAGAUUCUCAUCACA